AUGUUCACAUUCACAACCAUUACUCACAAGACCAGUGACACUUCCCACCCACUAGUUAUGCUCACCAACAGGGAAGGGUUCCGAUAUCUUUUCGGAAAGAUCCCUGAAGGCACGCAGCGGGUUUUGAAUGAAGAACGAAUAAGACUUGGCAAGUUGCGUGGGAUAUUUCUUACUGGUAUACUUCUGUCGUGGUCGCAGAUUGGCGGUCUUCCUGGACUUUUUUUGACGGUGAGCGAUGCAACGAAGAAAGAUAUCGAUCUUUACUCGAACUCUAGCGGACUACUCACUUAUCUCGUCUCUACGUGGAGAUAUUUUGUAUUCCGCAAAGGUGUUCAGAUGAAUAUCAAAGAUACUACCACCGCAGAAUUCAUCGCUGACAGCACUGUCCUAGUGAAGCCCAUUCGAACAGCCAGCAGCCGCCAGAGUGAAGUACCCGCUACUCCUCUGGGCAUAGUGCCUUCGCUUAAGAAACUCAUGUCAUUGAUGUUCCCCUCUGAUACAUCUGCUGUUAAUGAUCCCGAUCCAGCAUCUUAUAAAUCUGAUCCUUCCGAAACCGAGAUCCAUACACAUGUCAAGCUUCCCGAUCCUCAUGCGCUGAGUUUGGUCCAAAACCAGCUUGCAAUCAAUUACUUGAUUCGCUUCCUUCCUAUUCGUGGAAAGUUCGAUCCAGUCAAAGCGAAGGCACUUGGGAUCAAGCCAGGUAUAGAUUUUCGUAAAUUGACCCAAGGCUCGACCGUGUACAAUGAAAGCGGUGAACCAGUCUAUCCUGAGCAAGUGAUUGAGCCAUCAAAGCAUUUUUCAAAAGCCUUAAUUUUGGACAUCCCGGACCCGUCGUAUUUGCAUACCGCAAUAAAUACUAAUGAUUGGUUCGAAAAGAACGAAGAGGUUGGAGAAGAGGCUAUUGGAAUUGUGUACCAUUUCUUGGGUGAUGAUAUUGACAUUGGUCUGGAAGCAUACAGAGACCUAUUGCAAAAAUUUCCAUCGAACUGUAAGCACAUCGUGAGCCAUUCAAAGUUCGACAAAGAUGUUUUGGUAUUCAAGAGUGCGGCCGAAAACCUACUUAAAUUGAAAUCCUUGCAAAGCGAAUGUUACAAUUUGCCGUACGUGGCAGACUCCAACCAAAGUAUACCUCUAGAAGGUAUUUUUAGAUUGCAUCAACAGCAGCAAGUUGUUGUGAAACCAGAUGAGAUCACUAAUAAUUACCGUCAAGACCUGAAUGAGACUUGGGAAUCAAUCUACGAUUCAGUCUCCACUCAGGGGUCCUUCCGACUUCCCGAAAAAUCGCAGCUUUUGUCAUCUGAACCAAUUCCAUUCAACUCAUCGAACACAAGCUUGCGUGAUAAAGUCCAAGUAUACACCCUUGGUACUGGUUCAGCAUUGCCGUCUAUCCCCAGGAACGUUAUCUCGACAUUGGUUCGUAUACCGUACUCUCUGGGCGACAAAGUUGAGUUUCGAACAAUGAUACUCGAUGGGGGAGAAAACACCCUAGGUACCAUAAAUAGGAUGUUCAGGCAUGGUGAUGGAAGCAAACUCCAACAAAUCUUUCUGGAGUUAUCUUUGAUUCACUUGAGCCAUUUGCAUGCUGAUCAUCAUUUGGGGCUAGUCUCUAUCAUCAAUGAAUGGUUCAAGCACAACAAGUCCACCGCGAAGAAGCUUUACCUUAUUCUUCCUUGGCAAUACAAUCACUUUUUGAGUGAGUGGUAUCGUUUGGAAGAAUAUUUUUCAGCAGACGUGGACAUUAAUCGUCUCAAAUAUCUUAGUUGUGAAGAGUUCUUGCGAGACAGAGCGCCAGAGUAUAAGCAGUUUAGCAUCCAAGAGUUUGAAGAACAGUUCGAUCGAAAGGAUCUUAAAAAGCUGAUUGCCAAAGAGCCAUUAGCACCUCGAAGUACCGCACUCAUUGAAGAACUUUACGAAGAAUUGAAACUAGUCAAAGUGAGCACCGUUCGGGCAAUCCACUGUUACUGGUCUUAUUCAAUAAGCUUGGAGUUCAAGUUGGAUCCCACCGAAACAUUCAAGAUUUCUUACUCAGGAGAUACACGCCCCAACCCUAAGUUUGUGGAUAUCGGGUACUCUAGUGACUUGUUGAUUCAUGAAUCCUCUUUAGAUCACGAGUUGAUUGAGGAAGCUCUAGCUAAAAAACACAGCACCAUGAUCGAGGCAAUUGAAAUGUCAAGGCUCAUGAAUUGUGGCCAUGUGAUCCUCACUCAUUUCAGUACUCGGUAUUGCGGAUCUGCUAAUUUCGUGUCAGACCAAGCGUCGUUGGAGAAUCUUUCAGAGCAACUAAGAAACUAUUUAUUAAGCACGGGUGCCACACCCAAUAUUUUCGAGUACGGUUUGCGGUCGGAGAGACCUACCAAAUCGUUUGAAGAUGUUGUGGUUUGUUUUGCUUUUGAUAUGAUGGUGGUUAAUUUGAGGAGUAUGGCCAAGCAAAAGGACAGCAUUAAAGAGAUCAUGGAAAUUUUCCAAAGCGACGAGCCUGAGGCAGAUGGUGAAAAUCAGCCCAAAGGUGCAAAAGAGGCUAAGAAGAAAGAAGAGAAGCAGGAACUUAAAAGGCUACAGAGAUUGGCACUCAGCAGCCAGAAAAAGAGAAGAGUCAAUGACGAAGAAGUUUGA